UAGCCAACUCGUGCGCGGUGCGCCCACACAAUGCCCAGUAAUCGCUAAUCAGCACUGCAAGAAAAUAGCAGAGAGAAAAGCUCGUGUAUCUAUCUAUAUGUAUGUAGAGAGAGAGAGAGAGAAAAUUAAAAAAGAAGUGGGAAUAGGAUCAAUAGCAGUGUUGUGGGCUUAGCUGGACUAGGCGGGAUAGCCGGAGGUCAAACCCACCAUAGAACCCAACCGGAGGGCGCCGGAUUCACUGUCACACUCUGCUGCUCUGCCAUUUCUGCUUCUUCUUAUGAUUUACAAAGAAACAGAAAUACUGGAGGAUUUAGGAAGAGAAAGAGAAAAGAGACGGAGCUCAGAAAGCGAUACCCAUUUCUUUUUAAUCGGAGGUUUAAAGAAUCAAAGCUUCUGUUUGAGAAAUAUAUAUACAUUACUGCAUAGAUAUUUGAGAGGAAGAUGGGAAUGCUCGGAUCUUCGGGUCAGCACUCAUAAGAGACAUGGUGGAUCGGCGAAGCCUAGUGUCUCUAGCUUUCUUGUUCUCGUUGCUGUUUCAGCUCACAUUUGAACAGAUUGAGCCUCUGAGCUCACGCGUGGAGCGAGCUGCUCUCUUUGACCUCAGAUCGUCUCUGGGCUUGAGGAGCAAGGAAUGGCCGAGAAACGUCGACCCUUGCUCUCUCUGGAAGGGUGUCACGUGCGAGAAUGGUCGAGUCAUUGGGAUCAAUAUUUCUGGUUUUAGAAGAACCCGUCUGGGGAAGCUAAGCCCACAAUUUUCGGUCCAAGGCUUAGCCAAUUUGACUCUAUUGCAAUCUUUCAAUGCCUCCAAUUUUCUGCUUCCCGGUCGUAUUCCUGACUGGUUUGGCUUCCAGCUCUCAUCUCUGAAAGUGCUUGAUCUUCGGUCUUGCUCUGUGAAUGGUGCUAUUCCUCCCAGUCUAGGGAAUUUAACCAACCUUACUAGUCUGUAUUUAUCUGAUAAUAAUCUUACUGGGAUUAUCCCCAAUAGUCUGGGUCAACUGCUAAGGCUUUCAGUUCUUAACUUUUCACGAAAUUCUAUUACUGGAACCAUUCCGGCAUCGUUUGUCUCUCUUGGGAAUCUCUCCUCUAUUGACAUUUCCGCCAAUUCUUUGUCUGGCUCGAUUCCUCCUGACAUUGGGGCCCUCACAAGGUUACAAUACUUGAAUUUUUCCAGUAACAUGUUAAUGUCUUAUAUACCAUCCCAGCUUGGAAAUUUAAGUAGCUUGGUUGACCUUGAUCUUAGUUUUAAUUCUUUGACUGGUGGGGUGCCUCCAGAAUUAAGGGGACUGAGGAGCUUGCAGAGAAUGAUACUAAGGAACAACAUGCUUGAUGGACCUUUGUCGGAGAACUUGCUUCCUACUCUGUCACAGCUGCAGGUUGUUGUUCUGAGACAAAACAAUUUUACUGGUGAUUUGCCUGAUGUGCUGUGGUCUCUUCCGAGGUUGAGCUAUCUCGAUCUCUCUGAUAACAAUUUCACCGGUAUCCUUCCAAAUUCUAGUUCCAAUCACAGUGUGACUGCUGAGAUGCUUAAUAUUUCUAAUAACAUGUUUUAUGGAAACCUAAGUCGUAUUAUCCGAAGGUUCAAUGUCAUUGAUCUGUCAAGCAAUUAUUUUGAGGGAAAGAUUCUAGAUUCCAUGCUUAAUGUAUCUCUGAAUACCAACUGCCUCCAAAAUGUUUCAAAUCAGAGGACAACUGGAGAAUGUCAGUCGUUUUAUGCUGAGAGGGGCCUCGCUUUUGAUAAUUUUGGACGUCCAAAUUCAACAGGACCUCCUGCGACAGGAAGCUCACGGAAGAGCAAUAGAGAUAAGAUUAUACUGGCUGGAGUCUUGGGUGGAGUUGGCUUGCUUUUUAUUUUGUUGUUGCUAUUGGUCUUGUUCCUUCUUUGUACUCGUAAGAGGCGUAAUUCAAAUCAAAGAGGAAAUGGUGUGGGCCCUGCUCCUGUUGGGAGCAGUCCUCCACCUCCUGGUAUGUCAAUCAAUUUCAUAAAUGUGGGAGAUUCAUUUACAAUGCAACAGCUGCUUCAGGCUACAGGUGAUUUCAGUGAUGCAAAUCUUAUCAAACAUGGCCACAGUGGGGAUCUGUUCAAUGGUGUUUUGGAAAGCGGUGUACCUGUAGUCAUUAAAAGGAUUGAUGUGCGUACAACUAAAAAAGAUUCUUACCUUGUGGAAUUGGACUUUUUCAGUAAGAUUUCUCAGACAAGAUUUGUUCCUCUGCUGGGUCAUUGCUUAGAAAAUGAGAAUGAGAAGUUCCUUGUUUAUAAGCAUAUGCCAAAUGGGGACUUGUCAAAUAGUCUGUAUUACAGAAAUUCUACAUCAGAAGAUGGUACUUUGCAGUCAUUGGACUGGAUAACAAGGUUGAAAAUUGCUAUUGGAGCAGCGGAGGCCCUAUCUUAUCUGCAUAAUGAGUGUAAUCCGCCUUUUGUUCAUAGAGAUAUUCAAGCAAGCAGUAUUUUUUUAGAUGAUAAAUAUGAAGUUCGGUUAGGUAGUCUAAGUGAAGUUUGCACCCAAGAAGGGGAUAGUCAUCAAAGCAAAAUCACUAGGCUGCUAAGGUUGCCCCAGUCCUCUGAUCCAGGAACAUCUGGUUCAUCUACAUCAAUUUGUGCCCAUGAUGUUUAUUGCUUUGGUAAAAUAUUGCUUGAGUUGGUGACGGGGAAGAUGGGAAUCAGUGCAUCCGGCGAUGCUGAAUUUAAGGAAUGGUUGGAACAGAUGCUACCAUACAUUAGUAUUUAUGACAAGGAGCUUGUAGCGAAAAUCGUGGAUCCAUCUCUGGUUGUAGAUGAGGAUUUCUUAGAGGAAGUGUGGGCUGUUGCCAUUGUUGCGAGAUCUUGUCUAAAUCCCAAACCUUCAAGACGACCACCAAUGCGAUAUGUUCUCAGGGCUUUAGAAAACCCCUUUAAAGUUGUGAGGGAAGAAAGUGCCGGUUCUUCUCGGCUCAGAGCAACCUCUUCUAGAGGCUCUUGGAAUGCUGCUUUGUUUGGUAGUUGGCGCCAGAGUUCAUCUGAUGUAACAGCAAUCCCGGCAGUUUCUACAAAAGUAGAAGGAGGGAGUAGUUUAAAGCAUUCUGGGACUACCGGCUCGCAGGGUAGUGGCCACAAUGGUGGCGGUUCAUCAUCCCGGAGGCGACAUUCAAAUGAAAUAUUCCCAGUGCCAUCUAACAUGCAGGAUAUAGAGAGGCCAGAGCAGGAAUAACAGAAGGGUCAAAAGACUAGUGAUUGAGCAGGGUGUCCAGUCUGGUUUGCUGCUCCAAUGAUGCUUGUCUGCCAUCUCAUUCUUUUUCAGAAUUGCCACAUGUUGUACAUUUCUGCGGACAAAGUGAGGUUCAAAUUACUUGGAACUUGAUGUCUUUUAAGGUGGGGGUUGUCUUUCUUUUCAGUGGUUCAUGUGGGAAAGGUAGGGAGAGCAAGAAGGCCUGGUGCAGUUGGAUACUCUCUGACUGCUUAUUUUGGGUAGAAAAAUGGCCACAAAUUUUUUCGCCUUGUAAUUGAUUCUUUCUUUUUUCUUUUUUAAAGUUUCUUACUUUGUACUCCAUUCCUCUAAUGGAGUGUAAAUUUGAAUGAUCAGAUUUCUUCAUUCAAAUCAGAUUUGUCAUUGUGGGAGGGAAGAAAAGAAGGAAAGAAUGAUGAGAAAUGAGAAAGGAAAUAACUUAUACUGA